CCCAGUCUCCUGUCUCGUGUCCCAGGCUCUGUCUACAUCUCUUGAUUCCUUUAGGUCCCACCUCCGCGGAAGAUCCCAACAAGGCAACAUGCCUCCUAAGAAGCCCGAGCCUAAGAAGGAAGCUGCCAAGGCAGCCCCAGCCCCAGCCCCAGCCCCAGCCCCGGCCCCAGCUCCCGAGCCCCCCAAGGAGCCUGCCUUUGACCCCAAGAGUGUGAAGAUAGACUUCACUGCUGACCAGAUAGAAGAGUUUAAAGAGGCCUUUUCGCUGUUUGACCGGACCCCGACCGGAGAGAUGAAGAUCACCUACGCGCAGUGCGGGGACGUGCUGCGGGCCCUGGGCCAGAACCCCACCAACGCCGAGGUGCUGCGCGUCCUGGGCAAACCCAAACCUAAAGAGAUGAAUGCCAAGAUGCUGGACUUUGAGACGUUCCUGCCCAUCCUGCAGCACAUCUCACGUAACAAGGAGCAGGGCACCUACGAGGACUUUGUGGAGGGGCUACGUGUUUUCGACAAGGAGAGCAAUGGCACAGUCAUGGGCGCUGAGCUUCGCCAUGUCCUUGCCACCCUGGGAGAGAAGAUGACUGAGGCAGAAGUGGAGCAGCUGUUAGCUGGGCAAGAGGAUGCCAAUGGCUGUAUCAAUUAUGAAGCCUUUGUCAAGCACAUCAUGUCUGGGUGAAGCAGAUCCCUCCAGGGUGGCGAGCAGGAAGAGGGACACCAGGAGUCCUGGGGAUACCAGGUCCUUGCGGCUGCUGCUGCUGCUUUU